AUGGCUAAAAAGGUUUACUCACGAACUGUCGUAGAAGAGGCACCAAGCCACGAUGGCAAGAUUUGCUACGCUGCCUGGAAGCUAACGGAAUCGGAUCCCGAUGUCAGAACAUCGCCGGAAGCCUCCAACCGGCCAAAGUGGUCUAUCCAAGUCUACGACACCACUCCCAUGGCCGGUGAUCGAGAACAUAUAAUAACAGUCGCACAGAAGCUAGAAGAGUCGACCCGCCAAGGUCGCGACAGGAGGGGAGCGCCCAACCGCAUCGAGGUCCACGGCCUCCCGCUACACGCCGACACGCCAGAGAAUGAGCGCGUGGCGCGUUGCACGGCGCAUCACCGGGCCGAGGUCGCCGAGCGGAAUGCCACCGGGGUGACGGACUUUUUCAUUCCUCCAACGUUCGACGACACCUGGAAGCACCGGGUCCUGAUUAUUGACAAGCCCGAAGGCUCGUGGGAUGAGUCGGAGAAACAAGAUGGUGCUUUCCUCGCUGUAUUUUUCGACCUGCAGCCACAGGCCAGGGCCGAAGAUCCCGAUGGAUCUGACCUUCAUUCAAUACGCUUCACUGGUGCUGAUUUGGUUGAAAAUUUGCGGAGUUUCACCAAGUCAAUUGAGUGGUUUUACGAAUCAUACGUUGAAGACGGUACCAUCUACAGAGAUCUGGAGAAAUGGCAACAGAAGGCAUAG